CGGCCAGCUAAGGUUACUUUCACACUAGCGGGCAGGACGGAUCCGACAGGCUGUUCACCCUGUCGGAUCUGUACACGUCUAUAGUCAUUCGUCCACCCGUUCCGGUUUAGGUAUACUGUUACAUAAUGUAGUCGAUUCUUCAUAAGGAACACCAACAACCUGCUCAUGAAAUACAAUACGUCAUCUCACCCCGCAAAGAAAAAAAAAAACAGCGCGCCCCCUUUAAAAUAACUCUUUGAACUUGGAAUUGCUGAAGAUGGAGCUCAGCACAGGAGAUGUCUCCCUGCACUUCCUUGUUAGUCAGCAGAGAAGAGAAGAGGCUGAACUUGAAAAUUUGUAGUAAUCAAAUUGUGGACGUUCUUGUUUUUCCUGGGCAGUGUUCAGCAUUAUUGCCAGCAUGUGCUUUUGGUGUGGUGUUCCCUCUUGCAAGGCUUGUCAUUAGCUUCAAAGUAAAGCAGUGUGAUGUGAUUACAGGGGACGACUUUCACAGAUUAAGGAGCCAAGGGGAGAGAUCUGUAGCCCUCGGAAUACAGAAAGAGCAGAAAAAUAAGGUGACAGACUACAUCGAACAUGGCUUCGGACGCCAGUCAUAUGCUUGAGGCGGCCUUAGAGCAAAUGGAUGACAUCAUAGCAGGCACCAAGGCAGUCACAGAAUUUGCCAACAGAGCCUUUGACGUGGGAUCCCCGGUGCCGUCGGAAUAUUUUGGAACUAUAACAAUUUUGCAUCUAAUAGAGGAGUUAAAAAUGUCCCUGGAAAUGGUGGAAAACCCCGAAGAACGAGAAGCAUUGCGGAACCAGAUCCCCAACGCGACGGCGUCCUAUGUCAUCGCGUGGCUAGAGAGUAACCUGGUUAACCAUACAGUCGUCAAUAAUGAGACGUAUCAAGAGCGACUGACGCGUCUGGAAGGCGACAAGGAAUCUCUUAUUUUACAGGUGAGCGUCCUCACCGAUCAGGUGGAGGCCCAAGGCGACAAGAUCCGGGAUCUGGAAUCCUGCGUAGAGGAGCAUCAUUUAAAACUUAAUGCUACCGAGGAAAUGCUCCAGCAGGAGCUUCUGAGCCGGACCUCUCUAGAAACCCAAAAGUUGGACCUAAUGGAUGACAUUUCGAACCUAAAGAUCAAGCUGGUCGGUUUGGAAAAAGAGAAGAACGACUGCGAAGACUCUCACAACAAGGCAGAGAUGCUAAUACAAGAACUUAAAAGCCUCAAAAUUAAAGUGGAGGAACUGGAAAAUGAGAGAGUGCAGUAUGAGUGGAUACUCAAGGCAACAAAGGCUGAAAUUGCUCAACUCCAGGAGCAGCUGGCACUGAAAGAUGCAGAAAUUGAGCGCUUACAGAGCCAGAUAUCUUCAAGGACAGUUGCACAAAAUGAAUCUUCGGAAAGAGAAGAAGUAUUUAAGAGGAGGAUAAAAGAGAAACAUCAAGAAGUUCAGAGGCUAAAAUUGGGGAUGGAGACAUUACUAGCGGCAAACGAAGAAAAAGACUUUCGAAUCGAGGAACUUACAAUGCUUCUAAACCAAUACAGACGAGUAAAGAACUUUGUGAUGGCAACACAUGGCUCUUCUGAAAGAAUACUUUCUGCCUGCAGUGAAGAUGAGGUGGAAUCUACCAAAAAAUUGAUUCCAAAAAAUAACCAGACUAUGGAGUUACUGAAUUCUGAGGUGUGUUCCAUCGCGUCUUCUCCAACUGCUCCAACCUCCCCUCCUCAAAACAUCCUGGAAAAUGGGAUCAGCACGCCUAGUCCUUCAGAAAAUCUUAACUCGCCACAAGAAGAAAACUUAGACCACAGGAAUAGAGUCCAACCCCGACAACUAUCCACCAGCUUGGAAGAUUUGCAAAGCGCAUCUACGGAAAAGCAUGCUGAUGGGGAAAUCUCAGAGCCUGUUGUAACAGAACCUGUUGUAACGUCUGAGAGUAAAGCAGAUCCUAGGUACCAGACUUUACCGGGAAAACUGUCUCGCGCCACUCCAAAUGGGUCACAUGAUGCCUACAGAAAACCUGCUUCCCAGAAUGCUUUGCACAUAAACAGCGAAGUGAAUGGAAUUCAGAGCUUGUGUGAAACGGAAAACAACCUGGACAUCACCUUUAAUGACCUGUCUUCUGGGGGAAGUGAAUCCGGCCCACAGUCACCGCUGUCUCCCGAGGGCAAGAAGAGCCCAAAAGGCAUCAAAAAGUUUUGGGGAAAAUUAAGGAGAACGCCCUCAGGAAACUUCCAUACAGAUGAAUUAGGAUUGUCUGAAUUCAAAAGAGGGGGAAUGAGAGCUACAGCAGGACCGAGGCUCUCGAGAACCAAUGAUCCCCGCAGCAAAAAUAGUGAUUAUAACGCCCCUUUUGCUCAGUGGAGUAACGAGCAGGUCUGUAACUGGUUGGAGGACUUUGGCUUGGGACAAUACGUCAUCUUUGCCCGGCAGUGGGUGACCUCGGGUCAAACCUUGCUAACGGCCACACCUCAGAGCCUGGAGAAGGAACUUGGCAUAAAACAUCCACUGCACAGAAAGAAGUUGCAGCUGGCCAUCAGCGCCAUCAGCUCCAAAAAAGAUGAAAAAUCGGGGCAGCUAGAUCACAUGUGGGUGACACGAUGGCUAGACGACAUCGGCCUGCCGCAGUACAAGGACCAGUUCCACGAAGCCCGUGUUGAUGGGAGAAUGCUUCAAUACUUAACUGUGAAUGAUCUCCUGUUCCUGAAGGUCACGAGUCAGCUGCACCAUCUCAGUAUUAAAUGUGCCAUCCAUGUACUACAUGCAAACAAGUUCAACGCCAACUGCCUGCGCAGGAGACCCGCCGACGAGAAUAACAUCUCCCCAUCAGAAGUGGUGCAGUGGUCCAACCACCGAGUCAUGGAGUGGCUGAGAUCUGCAGAUCUGGCCGAAUACGCGCCGAAUCUGCGCGGAAGUGGAGUUCACGGCGGCCUUAUUAUCCUUGAACCGCGGUUUAACUCCGAUACCCUCGCCAUGCUCUUAAACAUUCCACCCCAGAAGACCCUACUGAGGAGACAUUUAGCUACAAACUUCAGCCUGCUGAUUGGUCCAGAAGCUCAACAGGAGAAACGGGAGAUUAUGGACUCUACCACUUACACAGCCCUGUCUACCACUGCCAAAGUCCGGCCAAAGAAACUCGGACUCUCUCACUUUGGUAACCUGCGCAAGAAGAAGCUGGACGACUCCACAGACUACGUAUGUCCUGUGGACGCCAGCCCCCCGAAGAGCGACUUCAAGACCCCCAACAACAGUUCCAUCAAAGAGGCAGACAAACUGGACCAGGUGGGCAGACUAAUCUGAGGGCAUCUGCACCUUCCUCACCCCUCAUUGUCGUCUGUGUGUCUAACCACGCAUCGCCUCGUACCCUGUCACUACCAGCAUGGCGUCACCCAGGACACAGACUCUGCCCUCUAACCUCUAUCUGUAUUACCAAGCAUGGCCUGGACCGGGAGUUGCCUGUAAUCACUGACACUUUACAGAUUUUAUACAGAAUUUUAAUUUAUCCAGAAAUAUUUAACUAGAGAUAAGAUUAUACAUGGUGUAAAUACUCGCUGCACAGAGCUUCUAUUUUUUUGUGCUAUAUAAUGUAAGGAAAUGAGCGUCCGUGUAAGAAUGUUACGUUGUGAGGAGGACUGACCCCCCCCAACCGAUCAGAUCUGAGAAAAUAAAUGAACCUAAUUAUUA